GUUUCUUAGAAGAGACGGUGCGGUGCUCUCUUCGCUUCACUACGUGUCCGGGGAAGUGCUACGCGUGUGUACACACCAACAAACCACACCUGUCCCGUCCAUUGUGAAACACCAAUCCGUACGCGGCAAGAUGGCCGCGUAUAGUUUGUACCUGUCGAUUGGACGCGUCUGUUUUUAUAUAUGCCUCUUCAUAAUUAUGGUGUUGUGUCAGGAACAAAUAUCCCCGGGUAGUCGGUACUACAGCCGUGAUGGAGUGUAUGUGCCUCCUAACGGACCUGAUCACCGUACCGACACUUAUAUUUACAAAGAUAGGCGGUAUGGCUAUCGUCCCAGUUACCUGGAUCCUGUUUAUGGAGGAGCUACGAAAGUACCGGAGGAUAGGUACCUCUACGAGGAUACAACUUCAAGACUUCCUCUACCAGGAGUGCUAGGUGGUUGGCGUGAAGAUCUUCAAGGUAGAGAGAGGCCAGACUCUAAGAAUCAAGACAGAGAUGUGAAUGUCAUUACUGCUUAUGGACAAGUGCAAGGAUUUAAAGUUUAUCUGUAUGAUGAUCCAGAAGCAAGGCAUAGACCCUGGAAUCUACCAGUUGAGAGAGUUACUAAGGAUGUUAAUGUGUUCCUGGGUAUUCCUUAUGCAAUGCCACCUAUUAAGGAAGGACGGUUCAAACCACCCAGACCUCACAGAGGCUGGCAGCUGUUGCAAGCUGUUGAUUGGGGACCAGCCUGUCCUCAACCUAGUUCUUACACUGGUGCCACUAAAGGAAUCCGAGAUGUGGAUGAAGACUGCUUGUACUUGAAUAUUUUUACUCCAUAUGUUGGUUCUGGUGUGGCUCAACCUUAUCCAGUAAUGUUCUAUAUUCAUGGUGGAGAAUUUACUCAUGGGGCUAGUAAUUUAUUUCCAGGCCAUAUGAUGGCUGCAUUUUACAAUGUAGUAGUUGUCUCUAUUAAUUAUCGAUUGGGUGCACUGGGAUUCCUAAGUACAGGAGAUGAGAACAGCCCUGGGAACUAUGGAAUUCUGGAUCAAGCUAUGGCACUGAGAUGGGUAUAUGACAAUAUCAGAGCUUUCAAUGGUAAUCCUGAUGCAAUAACUCUUUUUGGACCUGGUGCUGGUGCAGCAAGUGCUGGAUUAUUAAUGCUUGCACCUAGAACAAGGGACAUGGUGUCAAAAGUGAUAGCUCAAUCAGGCUCUGUACUGGCAGAUUGGGCAGUUAUAAUAGACAAAUAUAGAGCACAGAAUACAUCCAGAGUAUAUGCAGAAACAUUGGGCUGUAGUAUAGAAAGCAGUUGGAAAUUGGUGCAGUGUUUGAAAGAUUUUAGAUCUUCUUUUGAACUGGGUAAUUCUGAGUUAAGACCACAUAUUGGAAUGUUUCCAUGGGCUCCAGUAUUGGAUACUAAUUACACAGUACCAAGUGACAAUUGGUAUGAAGACUGGAGAGCAUCCGACUGGCAUUUCUUUGAGGAAACACCUGAAGAAAGUAUAAAGAAUCACAAGUUUAAAUAUAAUUUGGCAUACAUGACUGGAGUAACCACUCAAGAAGCAGCAUACAUUAUAUAUAACAAUGCCACAUUAGCCAGAAACCAAUAUAUCAUAGAUUUAGAAUUAUUUGAUCAAAAAAUAUGGGAACUAGUUCUUCAGUAUAACUAUACUCUUAAUCCUCAAGGUGUUUAUGAAGCUAUAAAAUAUAUGUACACAUAUUGGCCAGAUCCUAAAAAUAUUACGCAUAUUCGCGACCAGUAUAUUAAUCUUUUAUCUGAUUUCCAUUACGUGGCGCCUUUUGACAAAAUUACCAAAUUAUUAGUGGAGAAAGACGUGCCUACAUAUCUAUAUGUGUUAAACACAUCUGUAGAAGCAUUAAAUUUGCCACAAUGGCGAAGAGUUCCUCACAAUAUCGAGCUUUUUUGGUUAAUAGGUGCUCCCUUCAUGGAUGUUGAAUUUUUCCCCCAAAAAUGGAAUUUAAAACGAGAUAUGUGGACAGAUAACGAUCGUAAUAUGAGUCGUUUUUUUAUGCAAGCAUACGCAAAUUUUGCAACAUAUGGAAAUCCCACACCUUCACAAAUCUUGGGAUUGCACUUUGAUGUUGCCAAAGUUGGCCAGUUACGCUACCUGAAUAUUAAUACUACCUUCAACAGUUCAAUUUUAUUGAACUACAGACAAACUGAAAGUGCCUUUUGGUCUAUGUAUUUACCAACAGUUAUUGGUCGUUUGGUACCUACAUAUCCCCCAGUUACUGAAUAUUGGUGGGAGCCAAAGCAACCCCUACAAAUUGCAUUUUGGUCAGUGUCCACCGUAUGUUUGCUGUUAAUUGUGCUCUCUGUGGUGUGCUGUAUGCUUUGGCGCAAUGCCAAAAGACAAUCUGACCACUACUAUAGCGGAGAUAUCCUGAUGGUACGAGACGAUGAACCCUCGGAGGGAAUGGAAAAUAUGAAUCGAUCCUCGAAGGAGAACGUUUACGAGUACCGCGAUACACCACCCAUUAGAUCCAGGAUACCGCGACAAAAUGAAGUGAAACUUCAGGAACGAUUGGCGCAAAAUCGAAAAUUUAGCUCGACUCCGUCGCUAAGGAGCAACUCGAACAUCUCGUUGAAGGAUAUGAGGUCGGAGGGAUUCGUUACCAGUUCACCAAACGGGCAACCUAGACUGAACAAAGCGAUGAGUCAGACUUCAUUAUCCAAAGGUAAAAGUAAGACGCAUUUAGUACAAGGUACCCCGCAAACAGCUGUAUAAUAUUCUCUUCAUUGAGUACUUCUGCAGUCGCUUUAUUUAUAUCACUGAACAA